AUGAAUGCCUAUGGUGUUUUGGAGCCUACGCUUAAUGAUAUACUUAAUGGGAUUCAACCUUCACGUGAGGAUUGGGUGGUGCGAUUUAAAAUCAUUGAAGAAUUAGACAAGGUUGUUAAAUCUGUUGAAAGUCUGAGAGGUGCAACUGUAGAGCCAUUUGGAUCAUUUGUGUCAAAUCUCUUCACUCGAUGGGGAGAUUUGGAUAUCUCCAUUGUAUUAUCUAAUGGUUCUCAUAUUUCAUCUGCUGGAAAGAAGCGCAAAAAGAAUUUACUUGAAGAUGUUCUGAAAGCAUUGAGACAGAAAGGUGAAUGGCACAGGUUGCAAUUUAUCCCAAAUGCAAGGGUUCCCAUUUUAAAAUUUGAGAAUGCUCGCAUCUCUUGCGACGUUUCAAUUGAUAACAUCCAAGGUUUAAUGAAGUCCAAAUUCCUUUUUUGGAUCAAUGAGAUAGAUAGGCGUUUUCGUGAUAUGGUCUUACUGGUCAAGGAAUGGGCCAACGCCCACAACAUAAAUAAUCCAAAGAAUGGGUCAUUGAACUCGUACUCUCUCAGUUUGCUUGUCAUAUUCCAUUUUCAGACUUGUGUACCUGCCAUUUUACCUCCUCUUAAAGAAAUAUACCCUAGAAAUGUUGUUGAUGAUCUUACAGGUGUGAGGGCUGAUGCAGAGAGAAAUAUUGGAGAAAUAUGUGCUGCUAAUAUAUCUAGAUAUAGAUCAAACAAAUUCGGAGCAGUUAAUCAAAGUUCUUUGUCUGAGCUUUUCAUUUCAUUCCUUGCAAAGUGUGAUUAUGAUGCAAUAAUGAACUUGACCCGUGGAAUAUGGAUACAAUUUGUUGAAAUGUCUGUUAUAAGAUUCUGUGAUAUAGCUUCAAAGACUGCAGAGAUUGAGGAUCCAUUUGAGCAGCCAGAAAAUACUGCAAGAGCUGUUAGUGCUGGAAACCUGAUGAAGAUAUCAGAAGCUAUUCAGACAACCUAUCAUAGACUUGUCUCGCGUAAUCAGAAUCAGAUUUCUCUUCUGGACACGUUAGUCAGGCCAAAAAUUGCACGAUUUAUUGCAGGAACACCAGUUGGGAACUCAAGCUAUACUGCUGGCCAUCCUGUUAGAACUCCAGUUGGGAACUCAAGCUACCAUCUUACGACUCGUUCACAAAAAAGCAGGUCCGUGUAUUCACCAUCACAAGCACAGGUUCAAACCCUUAACACAAGACAGGAAACUCAUCCCAACAAUUCGGGCAUGCAAAGAAAGGGAAGUCAUCCAAGCAGUUCAAACAACCAAAGACAGAAAAAUCAUAUAAACAAUUUGACUAAGGAACGACAUUUUCCGCAUCAUCUCAGCCAAGGGCAGCCAGUAUGGAGGCCUAAAUCUGAUCAAUAG